AUGGAUUUGGAAGAGUUGGAUAUUGGCUAUAAUGAUUUAAGGGGUGUCUUACCUCCAUGUCUUGCAAAUUUGACAUCACUUCGACAAUUAGAUAUAUCUUCCAAUCAAAUUAUUGGAAACGUCUCCUCAUCUCCUCUUGAUAACCUAGAAUCCAUUGAAGUCCUCCACAUUUCGGAUAAUCUCUUUCAAAUCUCAAUUUCACUCAAUUCAUUUUUUAACCUUUCAAACCUCAAAGAUUUCAAGAGUGAAAAUAACCAAGUUUAUACUGAAACCAUGUCAUAUUCCAUGACCCCAAAAUUCCAAUUAAAUUCCAUCAAUUUAUUUGGUUAUGGAAGUGUUGGCCCUUUUCCAAAAUUUCUUUACCAUCAACAUAACUUACAAUAUGUUGAUCUCUCUCACAUUAACUUGACUGGAGAAUUUCCGUAUUGGCUAUUGUACAACAAUACCCAAUUGAAAUCACUUAGACUAGUUAAUAAUUCUCUUUCAGGGAGUUUCCGGCUAUCAUUUCAAUCUCAUAUGAAUUUAUCAAUACUAGAUAUCUCCUUAAAUUUCUUCCAUGGUCAAAUUCCGAUGAAUAUUGGUGCAAAACUACCAGGGCUAAUGUUGUUAAACAUGUCUGGAAAUGAUUUCAAUGGUAACAUUCCAUCUUCUCUUGGUAAUAUGAGCUCCUUGCUAAGUUUAGACAUAUCAAACAAUAACUUGUCUGGUGGAAUACCUGAACAGUUAGUCAUAAGUUGCUCCUUACUAAGAGAACUUAUUCUUUCAAACAACAAUUUGCAAGGCCAAAUCUUCUCUAAUAAUUUUGGCUUGACAGACUUACAAUGUUUACAAUUGGAUGGCAACCAUUUUAGAGGAAAGAUUCCAGAAAGUUUGUUAAAUUGCUCUACUUUACGAGUGUUACAUCUCAAUGAUAACAAUCUUUCAGGUAAGAUUCCAAGAUGGUUUGGAAAUCUAUUAUAUUUAAUUGAUAUAGUGAUGUUUAAUAAUCAACUUAAAGGUCUACUUCCAAAGGAACUUUGUCAAUGUCAAUAUCUUGAAAUUUUGGAUCUUUCAGAGAAUAAUAUAUUUGGAAGUUUACUGCCCUGUCUUAGCUUUUCAAAUAUCAGACAAGUUCAUCUGUCGAGAAAUAGAUUAAGGGGACAAUUAAAAGAUGCUCUCUACAUUAAUAGUUCAACCUUGGAGGUCUUAGAUCUUAGCCAUAACCACUUACAAGGGAAAAUUCCUAGUUGGAUUGGGAAACUUUCGUCCUUAAGUUACUUUAUCUUAAGUAACAAUAAUCUUGAAGGUGAAUUACCUACUCAAUUAUGCAAUUUGGGAAAAUUACGCUUGAUGGAUCUUUCUCAGAACAAUUUUUAUAGUAAAAUUCCUUCUUGCCUAAAUUUUAAUGUCCUCUAUGAAGGAAAUGAGAAUGAUGAAAGUUUAAUUUAUGAAUAUCCAAAAACCCAUGUGGGUGAGUUCUUAAAUGUUAUGAUAAGGGGAACUAAAGAGUCGAUACAGUUCACUACUAAAAGUAGAUCCUAUUCUUACAAAGCAAAAAUGCUCACAUUUAUGUCUGGAAUUAAUUUUUCAUGCAAUAAAUUAUUUGGUGAAAUUCCUCAUCAAAUUGGAAACCUUACAAGGAUUCAUACUCUUAAUCUUUCUCAUAAUAAUUUGACAGGAUCAAUUCCAAAAACAUUUUCAAACCUCAAACAGAUUGAGAGUUUAGAUCUUUCUUACAACAAUUUGAAUGGGAAUAUCCCUUCUGAACUAGUAGAGAUAAACACUUUGUCUGUAUUUAGUGUGGCAUACAAUAAUUUAUCAGGCCAAACACCUGCAAGGAUUGGACAAUUUGCAACCUUUGAAGAGAGUAGCUAUGAAGGAAAUAAAUUUCUUUGUGGAUUGCCAUUGAAUAAAAGUUGCUACCCAUUGGAAUCACCAUCGUUGGCACCAAAAGCUUCAUCAAUUAUUAAGGGAGAUGAUAGUGAUUUUGUUGAUAUAGACAUUUUCUAUAUAAGUUUCGUGGUGACCUAUAUAGUUGUGCUUAUAGCAUUCGCGACAAUUUUGUAUGUGAAUCCAUAUUGGCGACAGACAUGGUUUUAUCUUGUGGAGAUGUGGACGCUCUCUUGCUACUACUUUGUUAUUGAUCAUCUCACAUUUUUUUGUCGUUGA